UAUCUCUCUCCUUAUUUGUUACAUUGCUACUUCUUAUUUUCAGUUUGGCUCUCGAGUCAUUCAUGGCUCUCACUGGUAAAAUUACUACUGAAUUUGGUAUCAAGACACCUGCUGCAAAGUUCUUCAACCUCUUCUCGAAGCAACUUCACCAUGUUCAGAACAUCACUGAUAGAAUACAUGGAGGCAAGGUGAUUCAGGGUGACGAUUGGCAUGGCCCUGAUUCUGUUAAGCAUUGGAGUUAUACCAUAGACGGUAAGGUUGUUACAUGUAAGGAGAAGAUUGAACAUCUUGAUGAAGAGAACAAGUCAUUGACAUUCAAUUUCUUUGAAGGGGAUAUCGAUCAACAUUACAAGAUCUUUAAGCUCAACCUACAAGUGAUUGACAAGAGCGGUGGGGGUUCAACUGUUAAAUGGACUAUUGAAUAUGAGAAGAUCAAUGAUAAUGUUGAACCUCCUUAUGGCUACUUGGACCACUUAACCAAGCUUACUAAAGACUCUGAUGAUCAUCUUCUCGGAGCAUAGUUUCGUACGUUAUAAGAAAAAAAUAAUGGGACUGGCUUGGAUGCUGAAUAGUCGGUGUCACUAUGAUAUGAAUAAGAAGGAUGCAUGUUUGUUAUGUUUGUUUCUUCAUCGAUGAAUGUCUUUAAAUUUAGUGAACUUAAUUGGACAUGUAUGUUAUCUAUAGUUGUGUGUAUUGAACUAUAUGUAUGUUGAAGUUUCACUGCAAUAAAAAUAAAAAUAAAAUAUUUACGUUUGAUCUUA